GCUCCGAGGAUAUCGAUGAAGAGUGCGCCAUCUGUUGUCAAAAGAGAAAACAUGGAGUGAGUAAAUGAAUGAAUGCAUGGAGAAUAAAUAGUCAAAGCGGUGUACAAUGCUUAAAGCAGGGUAGUGGAGUUGUAAGGAAUGCCAGGGUGGCGCCCCGAUUGUUUGCGCAGCUCCGACAAACAUCCAGUGCUGCGGUAUAGAUCUUCUUCAAAUGCUAGUCAACUCUACACAGAGAAAGGAGCUGAUCAGAGAGGGACAGCUUUUGUAGAGCUACAUAAGAAGGCUGGUAGUGGACUAGGCUUGAUUGUAUCAGGUGGGACAGAUAAGGAAAGCAGGGCCCACAUAUCCAGUUUUAGACCAGGGGGUUUAGCACACAGGUCUGAUGCUCUGCUAGAGGGAGACUUCAUUGUGUCUGUGAAUGGGAUCAAAACACGAGACAUGAAACAUGAUGAAGUUAUCAACUUGCUCAAAAACACAGGAGAGCAAGUACUACUGGAGGUGGAAUAUCAGCUGCCUGAUACAGGGUUCUCAGACUCCUUUUCUGUCUGCUGUAAGCAACACAUUGUAAACUUGGUGAGAGAAGGAAAAAGCUUUGGCUUUACUAUCCGGGGAGGUUACCAUGAACAACAACAUAAGACACGCCCACUCAUCGUCACUCAAGUGCGACCAGGUGGACCAGCUGAUAGGGAGGGUUCUUUGAAGAUUGGAGACAGAAUCAUAGCCAUCAAUGACUACAACGUUGCCCACUUCUCCCUGUCUGAGGCCUCUGUGUUUCUACAGCAGUGUGGGAGAGAAGUCAGUUUACUGGUGGAAUAUGACGUCUCUUUCAUGGAGGCUGUAAACAAUGCCCAGGGUCCACUGUUGAUUGAGAUUGACAAACUGCCAGGAAUGAAGCUAGGGGUACAUCUGACACAGACCACACAUCAGGGGAAACCCUGUCUAUGUAUAGAUCAUAUUGAUCCCAUGAGUAUAGCAGACAGGUGUGGAGCUCUCCACAUUGGUGACCACAUCACAUCAAUAGACGGGACAAGUGUGGACCAGAUGUCAGUGGCAGAGGCCACUCGUCUGAUAGAGACGCACACACAGGACACCAUCAAACUGGAACUCCUGCCCCACAGACUGGUAGAGAGGCAACAGUCCAGGGAUUAUAUCAACAGGAACGGACUUCUCAAGGCACCAGGUUGCCUCCCCAGCAUGGCCCCUGCCUCCUCAGUCCCUGCUCUUCCAUCCUCUGCCUCCACUCCCUACGGAUUUGGCAGCAGUAAUGCUCUGUCGUCUGCUCCAUUUGGGAAUGGUAUGAUGAGGAUGUCAGGGAGAAGCAGACGAAUUUUACACAGGAUUGACCCUAAACAGGCAUCGUGUAUGUCCAUUUCGUCAGCUGCUACAUCUGUUGUCAUUAGUAACCAGAUCUGUCAUGUGGACACAGUGGAGGUGUCUCUUUGUGGGGACCACAAGGGGAUUGGUCUGACAGUGGAUGGGGGCCCACCAGAGGGCAUCACAGUGUGUUUUAUACAUCCUGGGAGUGCUGCAGAGAGGUGUGGUGUAAUUCAGGAGGGCGAUCGAGUGGUGGGCAUUAACAACAUUGAAAUAACCAACCAAUCAGCAGAGGAGGUGAAUCAGCUGAUUAGAGAACACAGGCACCGAUGUGACCUCACCAUUGAAUAUGAUGUCGCAGAGUCAGUGAUGCCCAGUUCUGGUGUUUUUGUUGUCAAGCUUCCAAAUCAUCCCAGAAAUCUGGGCCUCACCAUUAAAACAAUCAGAAGAGAAUUAAUCAUUACUUCAGUGAAGAAAGGCAGUGUUUCUUACAGGUGUGGCUCUGUACAGCCCGGUGACAGGCUACUGGCUAUUAAUGACAUCAGAACGGAGGGUCUGACUGUGGAGGAUGCCAUUCACCUCCUACAGACUCCAGAGGACAUAAUCAAACUGAAACUGAGGAGAGAAGAACACCCUAAUGACGAGAGUUGUGAUGAGUCUGUGGUGUAUACGGUGGAGCUGCACCGCCGUGGUGGACCAUUAGGAAUCACAAUCUCGGGGACAGAUAGUCCAGGUGACCCCAUCAUCAUCUCUGAUAUCAUUAAAGGAGGACUGGCUGAAAAAACUGGUGCCAUACAUAUUGGAGACCUUCUGUUGGCCAUCAAUGGAGAAAUCAUGAAAGGAAGGACACUAACUGAGGCCACAGAAAUGUUACAGAAUACUGAAGAUCUUGUCACACUGAAGAUAGCUCGACCUAUUGAGGCCAACAGAUCAAGACAGAGAAAAGGGGGUCAUUUUAGUGAUCGAUCCACAACACCAGCAGCAAGUAUAGACAGUGCCAUGGAAUCCUGGGAUAGCGAGUGUCAUGACACCCAGCUGGGGGCCUCUGGGAAUGGUCAUGCUAUUCAGCCAGUGGUUGUGUCCAGACCUCUCAGUCGAUCCAACAAAUACAGUACAAGUAUCAACAGUGGUGGAUCAAAUAAUUCCAAUGUGUUGUCAAGUAUGGACAGAAUAGAUGAUCUCAGCUCUGAUGACGACCUUAACAAUCAUGAUGUCAGUCGGCAUGGUCACGGUGAAAAUGAGGCUGUGGAAGAAUGGGUUAGGUCCUUUGAGGAUUACGAAAAUUCAGAAAUGUUGCAGCAAAUCGGUGCAAGUUUACGAGAGAAAAGCACAUCUAGCCUUGAUAGACGUGCCCGACCAAUGACUAGGAUGCACAGGAAACAGAUCUCGCACAGCACAGCCAUUAAUUUCAACAGUGACCUUGAACUGAACAAAGUGAUGUCACGCCCUAGGAAAGCCAGAAGUGCUGUGCGACCCAGCAAGUCAAACGCGGAGAUGUACCAGAAUCAUGUCAAGACAAUCUUUUCCCCAACACCAGUGCAAUUACAUAAAAUAAUGCUGAUGCGGAGCACGAUGGUAGAGGAUUUCGGUUUUGGACUGUCAGAUGGAAUGUAUGAGAAAGGUGUAUACAUCAGUGGGGUUAGGAAAGGUAGCAUAGCUGACCUGAAUGGAUUAAAACCAUUUGAUCGGGUACUACAGGUGAAUGGCAAGAGAACAAAGGAUUUUGACUGUGCACUCACUAUUCCAUUGAUUACGGAGGCUGGAAAUAGCCUACAUCUCAUCAUCAGCCGCAACCCCAUCGCUAAGUCGGCAAGUCUGGGUCACAAGCGAUUCGCUGGUUCCCAGCCCUUCAGAGAUUAUAAUUCAUACGAUGACGAAAAAGUGUACGAAAAUUCCAGUGUGUCGUCAGCCAGUGUAUAUAGUCCCAAGACUGUCUGAUAUUAUUUCUAAGCAAUGUGAUAAUUUAUUUUUUAUUAUUGAGAGUGGUUGAAGCUUUACAUGUUUGUAGUAGAAUUUGAUGAUGUUUGAUAGACAGAUUUACAUUUACAAAUAUAUAGGUUGUAGGUUUACUCUAAACUGAAUGAUAAAAAAAGUAAUACGUGUGGAUAUUAUUUACAGCA